AGCUUCAUCUUCCUCCACCCGACCGAGGAUGCUGAUGGUCUUCUUUUAGAGCCCGUGAGCAGGUCCGGUCAGUCAGCAGUGUAUCCUGGAAGCAUCUUCAGCUUGGAUGAUUGAGCUCCCUCUAGUGGUCCCCGACAGGGCUGCACACUUUGACUACAAUUCCAAAUUUUGGUCACACUGCUACCCGGAGCACAGGAGGAACAGCAGCAGGCAGUCCACCAAUGCCCCUCCAUUACGUCAGCGUGCUGCCAACUGCCCCAGCUGGGUCACCAGUCCAUCCAUGGCUUCCUCCCCACAUUUCAUCCCACAAAGGAUCACAACUCCCAGGCAGGUUUUGUCAAAAUGAAGAAAGCAUUUGCUCUGAGUGUGGGCGAGAUGAGGCGACGAGGAACUCGCAGGACCCCGCAACACACAGCCCAUGUUCAAGAAGAUCAGCAAGAAACGCGAAUCUCAGGUUAAACCUCUACCGCACUGCUUCGAAACCGACAUGAGAGAGAAAGAAGAGUCGCGAAAAGCCAUGCAGCAGAACGAGCAGCUCGGACAGAGAACCGCGGAGUUUGAGGAGAACAACGCCGUGCUCGAGCAGCACCGAAAGCAAGUGGGCGUUCGAUUACGAGCGGAGCAGGAAGGCCCCCUGGAGACGGAGCAGCACUGCAAACAGCUGGCGAAGGUGAACCGGGACCUGGAGUCGCAGGUGGCAGACCUGAGCAGUCGCCUGCAGGAGGAGGAGAGCUGCACGGCCGAGCUGGCGGCUCACAAAAGACGGCUGGAGAAGGAGUGCUGCACCCUGGAGAAGGACGUCGAGGAGCUGGAGGCGACCCUGACUGCGGUGGAGAAAGAGAAGCAGUGCUCCGAAGUCAACGUGCGGAAGCUGUCGGAGGAGCUGUCUCGACGGGACCAGGCCUUCACCGCGCUGCAGCAAGAAAAGGAGCACCUGGAGGACCUCAAUCUGCAUGCACUUGAGGACCUGCAAGCAGAAGAAGAAAAAGUGAACUCGCUAACCAAGGAGAAGGCAAAACUCCAGCUGGAAAUCGAGGAGUUGGAUUACCUGUUGCAGCAGGAGAAAAGGCAGCGGUCAGAGCUGGACAAAGCCAAGAAGAAGUUGGAAGGGGACACCAAGAUGACCAUCGAAAAUCUGAGCGAAAUGGAGAGAUUGAAGAUGGACCUGGAGGAUGUCAUCAAGAAGAAGGACUUGGAGAUGACCACCAUCAGCGACAAGCUGGAGGAAGAGGAGUCACAAAACCUGAAUGUCCAGAAGAAAAACAAGGAGCUCCAGGUGCGGAUUGAAGAGCUGGAGGAGGAGCUGGAAGCCGAGCGAGCCAUAAGGGCCAAGGUGGAGAAGCAGCGCUCAGACCUCAGCAGGGAGCUCGACGACCUCACCGACAGGCUGGAGGAGGCCGGUGGUGCGACCGCUUCGCAGGUGGAAAUGAACAAGAAGCGCGAGACGGAGCUUCUGAGGCUGCGGCGCCAGCUGGAAGACGCGUCCCUUCAAUCCGAGGCCGUGGCUGCAGCGCUGCGCAAAAAACACGCGGAUGCCCUGGUGGAGAUGACGGAGCAGUACGAGAGCCUGCAGCGGGUGCGCGCCAAGCUGGAGAAGGACAAGCAGAACACGAAGCUGGAAAUCGAGGACCUGGCAGCUACUUUGGAAAAUCUGCAGAAAUCCAAGGUUUUGGGUGACCUACAGAUACAUAAAUUGGAGACCUUGCUGGCCGAGUCCAAUUCCAGGAACGAGGAGCUCCAGAAGGCCCUUUCAGAAGUGAACUUGGCCAAAACCAGGCUGACAGGUGAAAAUAAUGACCUGAGUCGACAGUUGGAAGAAAUUGAAAACCGGGCCUGCCAAAGCAUGCGAACAAAGACCCUGCUGGGGGCUCAGAAUGAAGAUCUGAAGAAGCUGCUGGAAGAAGAAAUUAAAGCGAGGGCCGCACUCGGAAACAGCUUUGCGACCAUGAAACACGACUGUGAGCUUCUGAAGGAGCAGCUGGAAGAGGAGCAAGAGGGCAAACUGGAGCUACAGAGGCUGGUGUCCAAGCUCAACAGUGAUGUGACCCACUGGCGGAGCCGCUACGAGGCGGACGCGAUUCAGCGCACGGACGAGUUGGAGGAGGCCAAGAAAAAGUUGUCAUCGAGACUCCAGGAGGCAGAAGAGGCGGUUGACGUCGCUCAGGCCAAGUGUUCAAGUUUGGAAAAAACGAAGCAGCGGCUGCAGGGAGAGGUGGAGGAUCUGUGCAUCGAUCUGGAGAAGGCAAACGCUUCUGCCACCUCCUUGGACAAGAAGCAGCGGCUGAUGGAGAAGCAGCUGGCCGACUGGCGGCAGAAGUGCGAGGACGUCCUGGUGGAGCUGGAUGGCUGUCAGAAGGAAUGCCGGCAACUGGCCACUGACCUGUUUAAAGUCAAAACGGCCUACGAAGAGGCAGUUGAGCAAAUGGAGAUGCUGAAGAGGGAGAACAAGACACUGCAAGAGGAAAUCACGGAUUUAACAGACCAGCUUGGCGAAGGAGGGAAAAGUGUGCACGAGCUUCAGAAAUCCAAGAAGAAGCUAGAGAUGGAAAAGGAGGAACUGCAGGGGGCACUUGAGGAGUCGGAGGCAGCUCUCGAGGCCGAGGAGACCAAAGUAGUGCGCCUGCAGCUGGAACUGACACAGGCCAAGGCGGACGUUGACCGCAGGAUCCAAGAGAAGGAAGAAGAGUUUGAAGCUACGAGAAAGAACCACCAAAGAGCCCUGGACUCUGCCCACGCUAGCCUAGACGUGGAGGUCAAAGGACGCACCGAGGCGGUCCGAAUUCGCAAGAAGUUGGAAGGGGACAUCAAUGAGCUCGAGCUGCAGCUGGACCUCGCCAAUAAAAAUAAUGGUGAGCUACUGAAGACCACCAAGAAGAUGCAGCAGCAGAUUAAGGACAUGCAGACGCAGAUAGAAGAGGAGGCCCGACAGCAAGAGGAGCUACGGGAGCAGUACGGUCUGAUGGAGCGCCGCUGUGGGCUUCUCACCACCGAAAUCGAGGAGAUCAGAGCGGGUUUGGAUGCAGCUGAGCGGUCCCGCAAGAUGCUUGAGCAAGAAAUGAUUGAGACCACCGAAAAGAGCAAUGAAAUGAAUAGCCAGUUCCAGGCGGUCACCAGCGUAAAGCGGAAGUUGGAAGCGGACCUUCAGCAGAUGAGCACCGAGCAUGAGGAGCUUCUAGGGGAGCUGCGGGUGUCUGAGGAGAAGGCCAAGAAGGCUGUGGCUGAGGCUGUGCGGAUAUCAGAAGAGCUGCGCCAUGAACAAGACCACACUCUGCACCUGGAGAGGGUCAAGAAAGGGCUGGAGGCGCAGGUCAAGGAGCUGAAUGUCAGGCUGGAGGAGGCCGAGCAGUCCGCUUUGAAGGGGGGCAAGAAGACGAUUCAGAAACUCGAAGGACGGGUGAAGGAGCUCGAGGUGGAGUUGGAUGCAGAACAGAAGCGGCACGCAGAGAGCGUGAAGACCCUCCGCAAGAACGAGCGCCGUCUCAAGGAGCUGGUCUUCCAGGCGGAGGAAGACCAGAAGAACCAACACCGCAUGCAGGAGCUGGUGGAGAGGCUGCAGAACAAGCUGAAGGCCUACAAGAGACAAGUGGAGGAAGCUGAGGAACAAGCCAACGUGAACCUGGUGAAGUAUCGCAAGACGGUCCACGAGCUGGACGACGCCGAGGAAAGGGCGGACAUCGCCGAGGCGGCACUCACGAAAAUCCGAACCAAGAACCGGGCGAGCUUCGGGAAAGGCUACUCUUCGGGCUACAGCACCCCAUUCACCGGCACCAUCAGGUCUCCAAGUUCUGCGGGAUCCGAAGGUCGAGGUGAAAAACUAAUUGGCGAUGAAGACACGGCCUCCCUCAUCCCUGCGUAUCUCAAUUCACUGAAGAAGCUGAUGAUUGACUAGGAGAAAAAAAACAAAAUCAAAUUAAAGUUCAAAUCAAACUGUUCAAUAAAACAGCUUGGGGGGCAAAGUGUGACCACCCUGUAGAGCCCACUCUGCCGACCAACCCACAUUUGUGUAUGCAAACCUCCCACCCGUUUGUUUUCUACUCCCAAUGUCUUUUUCUUCCUGUAAAAAAUUGUAGGAUGGCAGUGCUGAUCCCAGGGGGUACAGGAUGCCAGUUGGGGGCACAUGUUGAGUGAUAUCUCAUUCAGUGUGCCACCCCACUUUGUAUAUACAAAGACACGGAAUUUCAAGGGUCACAGCUAAACCCACCCGCUUUUGCAAUGUUAGCUCAGCAGCAGGCAGACGUUGGUGGUCUCGUGACCACCAGUUUAUGGUCGAGAUCUCGUUGGAUGUCUGAGAUCGGGGCAUUUUUUCAGAAUAUGCGCUUUAUACACAAUUUAAGAAUCUUUCUGUACACUUUAAUGAAUUAAUUAAUUUACUAACAUGUUAUAUGAAUUGGGAUGAGAGGGGUCUCCACUACUAAGGCAGCUUGGCCAAAGUGAAAUAUUCAAAAUGGUACAUACGUCCAAAUGAGUUUCAAGAAGACCCUCGGUCCGGUCGUAGACGGCAUAAACCGACGACUCCAAAGGGCUCAAAUGCCACACAAGGCAAAGGGAAACAUUCUGAGGUCCAUCAAGUCGGAUCAGCGGGGUUAGACAGGGGGCACCGAGGCUUUGGAUGCCCGCCGUUGAUGAUUCCAGUUGUUUAAGCCCAGUGGUCCUGGCCUUUCGUGCACUCGUAAAACCCCCCCGGCUGGCUUAUUCUAUACAUGUCGUAAUUCUUGAAAUUCGUUGGCCAUUUUGAAUGUCGGCCCACUGACUUUCAAGCUUCUGCGUCCCCCCCAGUUGAGAUGCUGAAAUAUUCAGAUGCCAGCUCUUUCCGUUUGGAACGCAACAAACUGCAUAAGGGCCUGGAGAACGGAAAUUCCUGAGGUGUUCAUUGGAAGCUUUGUCAGCUGCGAGAGCCGCCGAGAAAUGAAAGCAAGCAGCAGUUUUCAAGUUUCUCUCAAAAUGGUGGUUUGUGGCACUCUGUUAUGUGGGUUUAGAAUUUGAAUAAACUAUUAAUGAACUCUU